AUGGCCAAUAAUUUUGACGGCGAUAUACCUGAAGACAUAGUUAGAGAAAUACUCUUGCGGCUUCCCGUGAAACUAUUGUUACAAUACACGUCGGUUUGCAAGACAUGGCUAUCCAUAAUCACAAGCCCGGAUUUCGUAAGCUCUCAUACUCACCGUGCCUUGAUGGUUUCCUUGAUAGAUCCCACACUACUCGCUAUUGGAGGAGUUGAUGAACUAAUGUUAUUUUCUCGGGCUCGGGGUAAUAAUAAUCAUUCAAAUAUUAACUUUGAUCGCCUUGUCAUGCCUCGUCUUUUUGGCAUCAAGCCUUUAGUCAUAAAUUCUUGUAAUGGCAUCAUCUGUGUUGCUAAUUUGGCUAAUCAGAAUGAUUUAGUCUACUUAUGGAAUCCGCCGAUCGGGAAGUGUAGGAAACUUCCUGAUCCUCCAAGGCGGCGCAGUUACAGAUUUAAGAUAGGAUUUGGUUAUGAUUCGAUCUCAGCUGACUACAAGGUGGUUAGGUGCGAUUAUGAUUAUAAUGAUGUAAGGUACUUAGAAGCCAGAGUGCAUGUGUACUCCACGAAUGCUGAUUGUUGGAGAGAAAUUAGGCCUACUAUAUGUCUAGAGUUUCGGGGAUUAUGGGGGGCUAGUAUUGUUGUGAAUGGGGUAGUGUAUUUUGAAAACUAUGAUGAGCUUAUAUCAUUUGAUACACACAAAGAGAUUUUUGGACGAAUUCCACUUCCUAGCUCUCAUCGACUACACAUGUCAAAUGUCUUGGAUUUUGAAGGCGCGGUAGCUAUGGUAUUUGGAUAUGUUGGUGAUGAAGCAGGAGCUCAUCUAUGGACAUUGGAUGAUGUUUCUGGCCGAGUAGCUUGGACCAAAAGAUUUAGCAUCGAUGCUGAUCUGCACUCUGGCUUAUGGCUAAAAUGUUAUUUGGGCGGAGGACAAUUUUGUGGAAGAAUCUUAAACAGAGGAACUUGCGAUGUGUAUAACAUCAUGUAUAACUAUGAGAAGAAAGAGACUAAACUCUACAGAAAUGAUCUAGAUGACUCCACUGUUUUAACAGGUAUGAUACACACAGAGACACUUGUUUCGCUUGGUGGUUUUGAACAAUUGGAGUGA